AUGCCGCGUCACUGCUCCGCCGCCGGCUGCUGCACACGGGACACGCGCGAGACGCGCAAUCGCGGCAUCUCUUUCCACAGGCUUCCCAAGAAAGACAACCCGAGGCGGGGUUUGUGGCUGGCCAACUGCCAGCGACUGGACCCCAGCGGGCAGGGCCUGUGGGACCCAGCGUCCGAGUACAUCUACUUCUGCUCCAAGCACUUCGAGGAGAACUGCUUUGAAUUGGUGGGAAUAAGUGGGUAUCACAGGCUGAAGGAAGGAGCGGUUCCCACCAUAUUUGAGUCUUUCUCGAAGUUGCGCCGGACCAAGACCAAGGGGCACGGUUACCCGCCCGGCCCCCCAGACGUCAGCCGGCUCCGGCGAUGCAGGAAGCGCUGCCCUGAGGGCCGAGGGCCCACCACUCCCUUUUCCCCGCCUCCACCUGCCGACGUCGUCUGCUUUCCUGUGGAAGAGGCCUCGGCACCUGCUGCUUUGUCUGCCUCCCCAGCCGGGAGGCUGGAGCCUGGCCUCAGCAGCCCUUUCUCCGAUCUUCUGGGGCCCUUGGGCGCCCAGGCGGAUGAAGCAGGCUGCAGUGCCCAGCCCUCCCCAGAGCGCCAGCCAUCCCCCGUGGAGCCACGGCCCGUCUCGCCCUCUGCCUACAUGCUGCGCCUCCCACCGCCUGCGGGCGCCUACAUUCAGAACGAGCACAGCUACCAAGUGGGCAGCGCCCUGCUCUGGAAGCGGCGGGCCGAGGCCGCCCUCGACGCCCUGGACAAGGCCCAGCGCCAGCUGCAGGCGUGCAAGCGGCGGGAGCAGCGGCUGCGGCUACGGCUGACCAAGCUGCAGCAGGAGCGGGCGCGGGAGAAGCGGGCCCAGGCCGACGCCCGGCAGACCCUGAAGGAGCAUGUGCAGGACUUCGCCUUGCAGCUGAGCAGCAGCAUGGCCUGA